AAUGACCCAUAAUUAGUACAAGUUAAGAAUAACAAUAGUUAGAAGAUUGAUUAUAAUUGGCUAGACAUGCAUCAUGAUGUGUACUACUUGUUUUUGUUUUAUUUUUCUUUCUUUUUUUCAUCCAUUUGUGGGUUCUCCCCCCACUCCAACUGAAAGUGCCUCAGAUGACGUUAUAUGAUGUUUUGGAGAAAAAAGUAUUGCAUUUACAGAGUGGAAAAAAUUCUUGGCUUCAGAAGGAGAUUGGUGAUGACAGGUUAACACGCACCAUAUAUGACGGAUCUAUCAUGGGAAGGGCUUACGAGGAAGAUCAGAACUUCCAUAUCAAUGGAUGCAACCCAAAUUGCCAACCUCUUGAAUCUCGGUCAGAUAUGCAACAUAAAAGAUCAUUCAACAAAAGUAUUGGUGUAUAUGCUUGUACACCUUGCUCUUGCUCUUAGAGCUUCAGUGGAGGAAGAGAGGGCAAGCCAGGAUGUUGCUGCAAGGGUUGCAGAAGAAAAAGAAUGUGGGCAUGCGUCAAUUUCACAUGAUACAACUAUGACUGAAAACGCUGGGAUUAUGUCUGAUGGAGCUAAUACAUGCGAUUUGAUGGAUGAUGACACUGCAUUGCUAGAGCGAGCACUUGUAAUGUCACUGAAAGAUCAUCAGUCUAUUCCAUCUGGUGGAAUAUUAAUGGGAGACGCUGAUAUGUCUGAGGCAACUAAAGAAGAUCAAGAGCUGGCACUUGGUAAGUUACUUGCAUAG